AUGCUUCGUUUCCUUGGAGAGUCAAUUCACACUUUUACACACGACAUGUCUCCUGAAUUUCUUCAGUGUGUAUAUUCCGCUCCACGCAAGGCUUCUCUAAAAUUCUGUCAUCGUCUUAAUCUUCAUAUUUUCUGGAAUGGCAAAAAUCCAUCGAGAAUGCCGAGAGAAGUCUUUGCCAGCUAUCAGAUUAACGUAGCUGAUGAUUGCAGUCAGUUCCGUGCGCUUUUCUCUCGUGGAGAUCUCCAUGUGAGAAUUGUCCAUUCUGGAGGACCUGGAGAAAAACCAAGAGAGCUGCGAUGGGCAAAGGAUCCAUCCCAGAUGAAGAACGAAACCGUUUGCAAUUUACUCGCAAAGUUCGCUACUGGAAUGUCUUUGUUAGAUCAUCCAUAUCGAUUCGUGGCUGAAACUGGGAUCACCGAUCUUCUGAUUGCUCUUCGUAAUCAUCAAAGUAUCGUUAUCGUAUUACCACAACUCGUUCGAGGAAUUCGAUCCGGUCUCUAUUCUUUUGACGUCGAGAAAAAGAAAUUUUGCCUGAAAACUCUGUCAAGAAUCACUUCAAUGCAAGGAAUUGGAGCUCAACUGGUUCCGUUUUAUCGACAACUCCUCCCCCCACUCAGAACGGUUCGUCAAUCUCGAAGUAGAUCAGAUCGUGUUCAUUAUGACAAAGGAAGACAAAUUGAGGAAAUUAUUACAUCAACUUUGAACGAUUUGGAGAGAACGGGCGGUCCAAAUGCGCUGAUCAACAUCAAAUAUCUCAUUCCUCACUAUGAAUCAUGUCAGUAUGUUUGA